ACCACGCAGUCUGAUAGUUUAUAUAUCAAUGAUGAAAUUUUAACAUUGCAACACAUGCCAAUACGGCCGGUUUAGUUCACGAAAUUGCAAUUUUAAAUUUCGCGCGGAAGUAUCAAGCUAAAACGCUGCGGUAUGACGACGCAUGCGCGUGACGUCAAGCAUUGUAGAGGACAUUUUGGUCCAGCACCGUUCACAGCUAUAAGUCGUCUGUUUUCAUCGCAUAAUUCCACAUUAUUAUGGACAUCUGUGUUGCUGAAUCUUUUGCAAUUUGUUCAAUUAAUAAUGGAGGCGUCAAAGAAGGAAGAUGUAAGUGGGAAGCGGUGUAUUGCGGCCGCCUUUAGCAACACAAACACAGCCGGUGUUUCCUUGUUUACAUUAUUGAAUGAUGACGGUGAAGCUUUACUAUGGAACAAAACGGUCAAUUAAACAUGGUUCCCUACCACAUGUCAACCGGCAGGUUUCAGUGAGGAAAUGGUGGUAAUAAGUCCGCUCUUACCAUAGACAUGAGCGGAGAGCUUGCGUUGUUCCUCCUGCACCUGUCGAAGAGGCAGCUGUGGACUCUCUUGCCUCCUCCCACCGGCCGCCCCCGACCGUUGGAUGCUUCCACCGUGGAGGAGGGAGAAAAAAAAAUCUCAGCCCGGCUGCCUUCGCCUUGUCGAGAAACGUGACUUCCCUCGGAGACACUGGCGGUCACCACAACCGUGGCCACACCCCUCCGACUUUCAGGUUGUAUAGGUACGACCAUAUAAUCCCACUAAAACACUAGUAACACAAUAAGCAGAUAAGGGAUUUUCCAGAAUUAUCUUUGUAAAUUUGUCUAAUAACAUCUGAAUCGCCCUGCCGUCUAGUUUUUUUUCUUUUUUUUUUUUUUGUCCUUUAUUCUCACUUUCUUCAUCCACAAAUCCUUCAUCCUCGCUCAAAUUAAUGGGGAAAUCGUCGCUCUCUCGGUCCUAAUCGCUCUCGCUGCUGGUGGCCAUGAUUGUAAACAAUGUGAGGAGCUCCACAACCCGUGACGUCACGCGCACAUCGUCUGCUACUUCCGGUACAGGCAAGGCUUUUUUAUUAGCGACCAAAAGUUGCGAACUUUAUCGUGGAUGUUCUCAACUAAAUCCUUUCAGCAAAAAUAUGGCAAUAUCGCGAAAUGAACAAAUAUGACACAUAGAAUGGACCUGCUAUCCCCGUUUGAAUAAGAAAAUCUCAUUUCAGUAGGCCUUUAAGUGGAAGGAUGGGCUUAGUAAUCAGUUUAUUUUAAGAAUUAGUUGUGUGGAAGUGAUUAAGUUAUGCUGUACAGCUGGACUGCACUAGUUUGCUACAACCAGCAGGGACUGUUUAUUUAGUCUUAACCUGAGUUGUGCAUAACAAGAGUAUGGCCAACCCGGUUCCAGGCGCUCUCCUCAAUGACUAGUCGAACGGCACUCACGUAAGUGAGUGUGCUGAAAAUUGUAAUUUUCCUGAAGGAACUCUCCUGACGGAAUAAAUAAAGUACUAUCUAAUCUAAUCUAAGUACAGGGCACCAUGACUGCUACCAACUUUAAAAAAACAAAAAAAACUUAGAAUUUAUAUAUAGUUCUGAAGUUGAUAUAGACUCUAGACCAGGGGUCACCAACGCGGUGCUCGCGGGCACCAGGUCACCCGUAAGGACCAAAUGAGUCGCCCGCUGGCCUGUUCUAAAAAUUGCUUAAAUGGCAGCACUUACCAGUGAGCUGCCUCUAUUUUCUAAUUUGUAUUUAUUUACUAGUAAGCCGGUCUCGCUUUGCUUGACAUUUUUAAUUCUAAGAGAGACAAAACUCAAAUAGAAUUUGAAAAUCCAAGAAAAUAUUUUAAAGACUUGGUCUUCAUUUGUUUAAAUAAAUUCAUUUAUUUUUUUUUACUUUGCUUCUUAUAACUUUCAGAAAGACAAUUUUAGAGAAAAAAUACAACCUUAAAAAUGAUUCUAGGAUUUUUAAACACAUAUACCUUUUUACCUUUUAAAUUCCUUCCUCUUUUUUCUUGACAAUUUAAAUUAAUGUUCAAGUAAUUUUUAUUUUUUUUGUAAAGAAUAAUAGAUACAUUUUCAUUUAAUUCUUCAUUUUAGCUUCUGUUUUUUUCGACGAAGAAUAUUUGUGAAAUAUUUCUUCAAACUUAUGAUUAAAAUUCAAAAAAUUAUUCUGUAUAUCUCGAAAAUCUAUAGAAUCAAAUUUAAAUCUUAUGUCAAAGUCUUUUGAAUUUCUUUUAAAAUUUUUGUUCUGGAAAAUCUAGAAGAAAUAAUGAUUCGUCUUUGUUAGAAAUAUAGCUUGGUCCAAUUUGUUAUAUAUUCUAACAAAUUGCAGAUUGGAUUUUAACCUAUUUAAAACAUGUCAUCAAAAUUCUAAAAUUAAUCUUAAUCAGGAAAAAAUACUAAUGAUGUUCCAUAAAUACUUUUUUUAUUUAAAAAAAAAAAAUGUAAUUAGCUGGUUUUUCUAUUCAUUUUUUUCGGUUGAAUUAUGAAUUUUAAAGAGUCGAAAUCGAAGAUAAACUAUGUUUCAAAAUUUUAUUUUAAUUUUUUUCGUGUUUUCUUUUAAACCGUUCAAUUAAGUGUUUUUUUCAUCAUUUAUUCUCUACAAAAAACCUUCCGUAAAAGGAAAAAAAAUGUACGACGGAAUGACAGACAGAAAUACCCAUUUUUUUAAUAUAUAUAUAUAAAAAUUUUUAUUAAAGGUAAAUUGAGCAAAAUGGCUAUUUCUGGCAAUUUAUUUAAGUGUGUGUCAAACUGGUAGCCCUUCGCAUUAAUCAGUACCCAAGAAGUAGCUCUUGGUUUCAAAAAGGUUGGUGAACCCUGCUCUAGAGAUUUAAGUGCUAAAUAAAUAAUGACGUAGUCACCUACAGGGCGCCAUGACUGCUACCAACUUUGGGUAAACCCAUGUGUUUGCGGCGCUUCCUCGUUAGUUUUUCGGCGUGUAAAAAUGCCAUCUUGUGCAGCAUGGGGUAAAGAUUUGACAUCGCUUUUCCCACAACCCCGGAAAGAAGUAUGGGAAGUGAAGGUUUGCCGUCAACACUGGACAGCCACCGAUUACAGCAUCUCAUUGGAGGCGAACGCACGACAUGUCGUCAGCGUUUUGUUCAUGAGCUAAUCCAAACAAUAACAGAAGAAAUGAACAAAUUGAAGGGAUGGGUUUGACAAAAACUCAGUAAAAGUAAGACAAUGCUAUUCGGUAACAGCAGAAAAGAAAGUCGAAUACAAACAGACGGACAUUGAAAGAGUAAAAGCAGGCAUAAAUUGGGCGUAAUGAUAUUGCUAGUGGAUCAAUAAAGUUGAAGUCUAAAAGCAACGGCACAGUCAUUAUAAGUACAUAAACAGCACAGUUGACAUACUUCACACAAAAGUCCAAAUUUCUUCCUAAAUGUUGGUCCAAAGCUAAUGAAGAUUUUGGAAAAAUUAUGGUAGUAAAUCAUUUUUUCAAUUGUUUGGUGUAUUUUUUAACGUUUCUGCCGACGUUUUAGAGUGCGUGCUGGUUACUAAACACUACGUGGGAGCAAUCAAAUGCGGCUGCAAAAUUAUACAUUAAAAAAAAGCAUGUUUUAUUGUAAGUUUAGAAUUAUAUAGACGUGAUAUUUUGGUUUAUUUUGUCAGGAAAACGACAGCAAUUGGAUGCAUCCGGCCACAGCCGCGCACGGUAGCAAAAAUGGCGCCUGUUGAUUUGUUGGCUAUACUAUACACGACAGGUCUCGAUAUUUAAAUCCACGUUUUUUUUUUUUAUUUAUUGAUACUUUUAUUAGUACAUUGCACAGUUCAGUACAUAUUCCAUACAGUUGACCACUAAAUGGUAACACCUGAAUAAGUUUUUCAACUUGUUUAGGUCGGGGUCCACGUUAAUCAAUUCAUGGUAGUUAAAUUUAAAAAAAGAUUGAUUCCUCCAAAUGAAUUGGUUAAGGAAAUGUUGUAGACCGCCACUCCCCAAAAUGCAAAAUUAGACGUCGACUAACUUUUUUAUUUUUUAUUCUUAAAAUAAGGACAUUCUACUCAAAGGGUGCCAUUUUCUUGCUUUCAAAACUAACUUUUUAAUACAUUUUUCAUAUUACACGAUGCUCAAUUUGUAUACUAACCUGUCUUUUGCAACAUUUGUUAUUUACAUUAAUGUUCCAAUUGGGAAGACGUCUCUUUGAGUACAUGGCUGAAAGUAACAGGUGUGAGUUUUCCAGAAUGAUCCAAUACAGAAAACAUAUCCAGAUGAGACAUAAUGGCAUGUUGAUACUGAAGACCAAUUUAAUAUUUUAAAAUAUAAGAAUGGGGUCAUGUGUUAGGGCAGGGGUAGGGAACCUAUGGCUCGCGAGCCAGAUGUGGCUCUUCUGAUGACUGCAUCAGGCUCUCAGAUAAAUCUUAGCUGACAUUGCUUAACACGAUAAGUAAUGAAUUCCACUUGUAAUCACAGUGUUAAAAAUAACGUUCAAAAUAUAAAACAUUCUCAUGCAUUUUAAUGUUAAAGAAGUUGCAUUAAUGGUAAGAAGUUAUCUAUUUAUUAUUGGUUAGUGUGGGGCUUGCCCUCCUGGGGGUUCUUCAGACCACCAAGCACCGACAUGAGAGCCUGUAUCGGGGUUACAAUAUUGUCUUAUUUUCAAUAAGUCUCUCAGUUUCUUUCCAGCAAUUGUAUUUUUCUCUUUCGUUCUCGCUCGCACUCUGGCUCCAGCCCGAGUCCCGUAUCUCCUCCUGGCUGCUGCUUAUAACAGAGUGACAGGUGAUUAGAUAACAAGGCCCAGGUGGGCCCUCUGGGCACCUGUCGAUGAUUUGGAGGCCGGUCCUGGGACACCCCGCUUCGCUGCAGGCCCGCAGGUCACGCCCCCUCCACAGUUAGCUUCAGAAUAACAAUGUUAUUACAAAGAAUAAGAGACCUAUUAUACUCUAGAAAGGUUAGUCUUACUUAAAAAUGCACGCUUUUAGUUGUGUUCAGUGUUAAAAAUAUAUUAUAUGGCUGUUACGUAAAUACAUUUUAAAAUAUUUGACUUCGUGGCUGUUAGGGCAACAGGUCUGAUGGAAAAACACAUGGACACAAUUCAGUGUGUUUUUUUUAAAACUUUUUGUUGCUGUUGAGAAAACAAACAAUGUGUCACAAAAAUAUAGAAAAUUUUAUUUUUUAGAAGGAUUUAUGUGCUUAUAUUUGGUAAAGUACAAUUUUUGUAUACAUGCAACAAAUUCUAUAUUACAGUGUUCAAGGUAGUUUGAAUAAAUCUGUUAAAAUGUAUUUAUUUAAUAAGCAGUCUGACAGGGUUUUAUAGUUUUUCAAUAGGCCUUAACUGGUAUGACUGGCAAUAUACUCUUAUUCAAUGAUUAAUCAAACUAAAUAAAUAGUUGUUAUAAAUAAUUACUCUUAGCAAGCAGCAAGGCGAAAAAGCAACAAAAGAGUGUAGUCGUCGCCUAGCAACCAACAAAGGCAAACAAAAGAAGACAAGAUGGCGACGGAGCGAGAGAAAGAGUCCGCUGCUUAUUUGGAGAAACACAAAGUCUUCGACCUCAUGAAAAAUUUGACAAGCAUGCUCUUCUUUUACAGACCCGAGGACCCCAAAGAGUUUCUCAUUGAGAAACUGGAACAGCUCAAAGAAUCCCGAGACGGUGCCGGUGCAAAAGCGCCAAGUCUGCUCAGCCAUGCUAACCUGGUUGCAGCCUUCGGGAUCGUGGACCCGGCUAAUGACAAACAUGUCACUUUUGCACAAUACAAGCAGGCGCUGAUCUCGUUGGGCAUGAAAGACAUCAAUGAGUGUCCUGAAGGCGCAGACGAAGACAAAAUAUCCUAUGAUACUUUUAUCGACGAAGGGAUGCAGAGCCUGGAGAGAUGCUCAGCAACGUAUGAACCACGUUAAACAAUUCAGUGCACCGUUUCUUGACCGCGAGCGCCGCCUAGAGGUCCACCAAAAAAUAUCUGUGUCCAAGCUGUGGUCUGCCCAGGCCGUAGCGGCGCUCGAUUGUAAUACACUUUUCCACCACUCGGGGCAGUAAUAACAAUACCAAGCCAAGAAAAGAAGUCUGGAGCUAAAAUUAAGCGCAAAAAUUAUGACUUAGGUGUUGAAGCUGUGUUUUAUUCGCUUUGUUUAGUUAAAAUAUAUUCAUUGUUAUUUUAAUUUAUUUUUUGUCAGUUAUUAUUAUUUAGAAUCCAUUGCAGUUGUAUUUGGUUCAUACUUAUUUUUCUAAUCAGCCUAACGUUUUUGUGUUAAAUAAAUAAUACUCUUUGUUAUCAAUGCCCAUUUCAUAUCAUCUGACGAGGUUGUAAACUGCAAGUAAGUUAGAUAUAAUUAAAAUCAAGAGUAAGAUCAUUAAAUCAGUGUCAAUAUAUGAAUGGGCCCCGGGCACCUCUGUAUUGGAAAAGUUGGACCCCGAUGUCAAAAACCCAAAUUUAGUGCACAGUGAAGUAUUUCUAUGCAUGUGCAUGUUUACAAAGUAGACAUUUGGAUAUGUGCUGUGCGUUGUAAAUAAAUAUAAAUACAUUUCUGUUGUGUAGAAAAGUAUGUAAACAAGUGUAUUUACAAUCUGCAUAUUGUUUGUAUGUUAGUUAGUUCUUGUGUGCAUUUG